GGGAGGUGAGCCUGCAACCAGCAACCUCGUCUCUUGAUUGACAACUAGCUUGCCUAUUGUCAUCGCCGGCUCGCGCUCUUCCUCCUCCUUCAGGAGCCCAUUAAGAACUCCCCUCUCUGUCUCUUUUGGUUGCUGCCACUGCUGCUUUUUGAGUCACGCUUCCCGGCAGCCGCUCCCGCCUCAACAGAGUACAGACAUGGCGGCGCCCAGCUAGGAGCUGGCAGCUUCCGGCCCCCUGCAGACUCCUGGCUGGUCGUGAGGAGAGGGCGACGAUUGUGAGGAGUACCCGCGGCUGACGUUGCCGCUAGUGUUAUUCUUGAGGGGCCGCGCCCUUUCCUCGCUCUUGCAGAUGGUCGCGGUUAGGGGCUGGUCGUUAUCGGUGCAAAAAGUUGCCGUUCCGUUAAAGCCGCCCUCUCAGACCUCUGGCUGUUUGGCUUUGCUGGUAUUGAAACUGUAGUCCCACCGCACGGUUUGCUGGCUUUCUGACUUAUCCCCAUAUUUUGAAGGCUUGGUCUAACGACAUUAAGUGAGAACUGAGAAUGUCCCAGGACCCAGACAGGCCAGGUACAAGUGAAGGAAAAUCAGGUGAAUCAAAAGAUAAUCAACAGGAUAACUUGGAUAACUCAGAACAGUCUGUCAGAAAGAAAAUUCGACAGAAUACACCAAGUCCCAGCAGAGACAAUACACCUCAGGCUAGCCCUCCUCAGUUUGUGUCAGUGGAGGAGUUGAUGGAAACAGCAAAGGGUGUUACUAACAUGGUGUUAGCCCAUGAGAUUGUUGUCAAUGGAGACUUCCAAAUUAAGCCAGCUGAAUUGCCAGAAAACAGCCUUGAAAGAAGAGUAAGGGAUAUUGUCCACAAAGCUUUUUGGGAUUGCUUGGAAACCCAGUUGAAAGAAGGUCCACCAUCAUAUGAUCAUGCAGUUAAACUUGUUGGAGAGAUCAAAGAGACUCUUUUGUCUUUUUUGCUGCCUGGCCAUACUAGAUUAAGAAAUCAGAUUACUGAAGCACUAGAUCUGGAGCUGAUAAAACAGGAGGCAGAGAAUGGUGCCCUUGACAUUUCUAAGCUGGCCGAGUUCAUCAUUGGCAUGAUGGGAACCCUCUGUGCUCCAGCUAGAGAUGAGGAAAUUAAGAAGCUGAAAGACAUUCAUGAAAUUGUUCCCCUUUUCAGGGCAAUUUUUUCUGUGUUGGACUUGAUGAAAAUGGACAUGGCUAAUUUUGCUGUCACUAGCAUAAGGCCACAUUUAAUGCAGCAGUCAGUUGAAUAUGAAAGGAAGAAGUUUCAGGAACUGUAUGAGAAACAGCCAAAUUCUUUAGAUUUUGUCACGGAAUGGCUGCAAGAAGCUAUGGAUGACCUGAGAUCCAGAGUUGUACCUGCUAUUGAUGAUGGUGUCACAUCUACCAGUAAAGCUCCUGUGCUCUGCCCUGUUGCUGUGCAGAAUCAUGCAUACCUGAAACUCCUCAAGUGGGAUCAUCAGCAAAAGCCUUUUCCAGAGACUGUGCUAAUGGACCAAAGCCGUUUCCAGGAAAUGCAGUUGGAAUUGGACCAGCUUAUUUUAACUGGGGCGAUUCUUCUGGUGACAUACAAUGCUGCAGGCACAGCACUUUCAGGUUUGCCAGCCUUUACCACCAAUCUCAAAAUGGUUAUCCGGGUACUGCUGACAGGUCUGCAUCUUCCGUCCUCCAGCUUGAGUGAAGCUUUGGCUGUCAUAAGUGAAAAGAUCUGUGCUGAAGUUAAUAGUUGCCUUUCCCAACAUGGAUUCACACCUUUCACACUUGAAAAAGAGACUGAGCUUAAGGGACAAAUCCAAGCUGUGGCCAAUCCUGAUAACACCAUAUGCAAACUGAUAGAUACAAGAAUCCAGUCAUUUUUGGAGAGCUACCUUGCUUCUGGACAUCAAAAAUCCUUUCCUGUUAUUCCUGGUGGAUUAGGUCCUAUUCAGAAAGAGCUGGAGGAAAUGGCUGUCAAGUAUGUUCGCCUUGUUGACUACAAUAGGCUGGUCUUCAGUCCUUACUACGAUGCAGUUCUCAGCAAAGUCCUGAAUAAAGAAUCAUCCUAGUUUCAAGGAAAACCGGAAGAUCGCCAAACUCAGUUGUAUGCUAUCCUAAAGAAGACGGCUUCAAUUCAGAGUAGGGUGGUAGUAGAAGGCUGCAUACCCAAUGUUACACUUGUGUUUUCUUUCAGAAUUAUGAGGGUUGGAAAACGGAAGCCUUUUUCAGACCCCAGUUGCCUCAUAGGGACCCCCAAAAUUUGUCUUGGUAUCCCCUAUUGCCUUCCAGCCCCCCUCAAGCACAGGCCAGUGCUGUUCAGGAAAUGGAAUGUGGCACAGCGCAGAUGAAUUUAGGUGGUGCGGGGGGGGAGGUAGAGGUGGAAGUUCCAAGAUUUAAGUGUUCACUUCUCUCUCCUGUCACCCAAUUUUAAUGUUUGAGUAGUGCUUGAAGGGGCUUUGUUUAGAAACCCCUGUGAAUGACUGUCUGCUAUUGGACGGGUGCUGAGAGUGCACUGACUCCACCCCACCCUCAUCCUUCUGCCUGCUGUGCAGGGCAUGCAAGCAAGCUGUGGGAUGAGUUUGCCAUCUUCCUCAUUGCACAUUAGUCUGUUGUGGUCUGCCUCAGCAGAUCCACAUUAUCGAAGAGUGCUUCUGUACAUGAGUCAUUGUUUGGAGCAGGGUGGUCAAAUUUAUAUAUUGUAGAACCCUUGCAACCUUUGGAAAACGGCUUUCCUGAACACAUUUUAAUACAGUAGCAAUGACAGUGCAGAGUGGAUAUAAUGUAAAAAAUACAUGAAAGUACACCAGCUUAGUUCUUAAUUCAAAACACGUAAGAACUGGAUAUGUGUUGGCUUUUUUUUUUAGUCGGAGGUAGGACUAAAAUGAUAGCUGCUGAAAUUAUCCUAUUAGCAUGUACCUUAAUGCAAAAGAGGUUAAUAAACUUCUCGUUCUAUAUUAAGUUACAUGGUUCUUGAAGCUCAUCCUAACAACUGUAACAGUAACUUCCAUUUCCACAUAUUAAAAACUUGGAUAUUCGCAGUUAAAGCACUUUAUAUGUAGUCUGCAAGGCUCUUAGUCUUUCUGCCAGUCAUUUCUUUUCUACAGUAUUUGAUUCUGUACCUCGCAGAUAUUCUACCAAAAAUGUAUAUAACUAUAUUUUUGUAGAGUAUUUUCUGGUUCUUCUCUACUACAGUAUUCACAUUCUGUAGGCUCAAGAUACUGUUUCUCUGUCUUGUGAGAACUAAAACUUCUGGAUAUCUGAAAAAGUUGCAUAACAAUAUCCUUUUAAUUUCAUUCUGGAUUUUAUGUACAUAUAAAAGUUUGUGAUUUAAAGAUGAUGGGUUAAGUUGAGCAUGGGCUAUAAAAUACCAUAUCCCCGAUCCAAGUGGUCUUUAUGCAUAGUUGUAGGGUGCAAGCAUAAUGCUUCUGCAUGUGUACUUGCAGAGAGAUGGACGGCACUGAUCACUAGUGGAUUCUGUUCCCCACGCUCCCUCGUUAUCUCAUAAAGUAGCCUUUGGUGGGAUUGGUUCAGCAAAUUGUCCGUAAGAAGGAUGUUUGCCUCCAAACUUGUAUCACUGUUACUGGACUUGGAUGCAAGACAUUCAUUUCUAGGUUAGACACAACAAUUUUAAAUUUAUGGUAGGAGAUUAACUAUUUGUAAUGUUACACUGAGUUUGUAGAAAACCUGCUAGGUUUUAAAAAGUUUUUCAGGACUUCAUAAACAUCUUGGAUGCUUAUGUCAAAAAUGUGGAAAGCAAGAAUAAUUCAGUGAAGUGGCUUUAGAAAUGUUUAUUGGUUGGAAAGUCAGAAUGUGCAGUAUAGUUCCUGAAUGUUUAGUGGCUGCUUAUUAAAUGUAAGCACUAAAAACUUAAAAGGGAGCAGAGAUCCAAGCUGCUAUCCUACUGCUUAAGUAAUCACUCUCGCUAAUAGAAUUUCUCCUAAGCAAAUAGUUUGAUCACAACAGACAGUUAAAGGAAACUUUUGACAUGGCAGUUUGGUGAACUUGACUUCAUAAUCAAUCAGAACAAAUAUUCUGCCUUGAUCCAGCAAUCUCUUCAAUAAAAUGCAUCUCUUGAUGCAUUUUACUGAACCCUUAGUUGGGGUGACUCUCUUUAUAUUUGUCCUUUGGCUUUUGAAAUGUGAUUAUUGUGAUUUGGAUAUAGACCAAAGGCUGCAAUUCAAUACACACUUACCUGGGAGUAAGUCCCAUUGAACCUAAUGAAGCUUACUUCUGAGUAGACAUGUGUUGCACUGUAAAAGGUUUUCCUUUCUGUGAAAAUAUGAGUAAACAUCUAUUUAAGCUUACCAUAAAAUAUUAAAUCCAUGUUUUUAAUAUGGAAAAACAUUGGCAAUGAUCCAGCCAAAAUUAGUAACUUGAAAAUCCCAAAAACUUCAAUAGAAAGGUUAAGCACUUGCUUAAAUUUCUCCCAUUGAUUAAUUAAACUGCAAUGUGCUUAACUUUGCAUGGACUGUGCCUCUUGGUUCUAAACCUGAGUGUAAAAUCACUAUUUCUAAGUUAUAUUGGCCAAAUGAAUUGUUGCUUUAGGGCUAAUCUCACACAUUUUACUUGUUUUGAAAAGAAAAGUGCUGUUUGGUAAUUUGCAACAAAUGAGUUGGAAAGUGUGGGGGGGCACUAUAGGUGGCUAUUCAGUGUCCUGCCAACAUUGUCUGAUGUGUAUUUCCUGGAAGCUGUUAAUAGUGUGAACUUGUUACUGUUUUUCUUCAGUCCUUUAUGUUAUUUAUGCCAUGUAUAAUACAACACUAAUACAAGACUGCAACUCAUCUGUUAUAAUUUUUGUGACAUAUAUGUUGCAGCUCCAUAUAAAUAGCAAUGACGGUGACCUUUCUGGUUUGUAUGCCACUUUCCCCAUUUUUAGCUCCUUUCAUUACCUUAGCAACACUUGCUGUAGGCAGGGAUUUUUUUUUCCAAAUUCCUUUUUUGUUAUCUGUGUAUGUUCAAAUCCUAGAGGGAAAAACAGCCGCUUAAAGUACAAUUCUUGUAAGAACUGCAGGGAUGGACAGUAGCAGACAGCAUGAUGGGGCUCUGCUGCUCACCUGACCUCCCUCAGGUAGAGUUGCUGCUGCAUAACAGGAUGGAGAGGGGUGAGGCAUUGGUGCUCCACAAAUGCACCAGCAGAGCCAAUCCAGCACUCCUGCACCGCAUCAGUGUCACCCUUCUCAGUCCUAGUAUGCAGCAGCGGUGCAAACAGGGUGAGUGGCAUAGUCUCUGUGGCACUAUACUGUAUUGUAUAGGCCUUAUUGCCACUGAGGUAUUUCAGGUACUGGAUUGCUCUAAAAGAAAAGCUUAGUCUAAUAGUACCUGUUAGCACACGGGGAAGUAGACAUCUGUAACUUUCAGAGCAUACUGGUGUGUUGACUGCUGUUGGCCUCUGCAUUUCUGAGCAUGUGUAGAGGGAUGGUAGCAUUCUACUUGAAUGUGUUUGGAGACUACAAAUGACUUUACAGUAAACCUCAGUAUGUGUUUACCUAUAAAUCCAUCCCAUAUCUGCAUUAAUAUCCAUUUUCACAUAUUAAAAUAUAUUUAAAUGCAAUGUUAUAUUUUUUUUGGAGUAGAGGUGUAAAAACUGAUUGCUAAGUAAGUUUCAAUCUGUACAUGCAUCUAGAUGGCACAGAUCAGUGCAGGUCUAGUUGUAAUUGUAAUGAUUAAAUACUUUGAGCAUCCCCAUGGAGCAGCCAGUUUGUCUCAUGGUAUCCAUUGCCAUACGGCAGAGUUAAGCUAUACACUGGCCCUUAAUUAUCUAUGGCUGUUGGGAUUAUAACCAUUUCCGCUGAUGUAAUAUUUUAAAUUGUAAACUGCCUUGAAUGUCUUGGUGGAAAGGCAUUAUUUUCCCUUCAUAAGGAGAUCCCAGGCUCAAAGAACAUGAAUGUUUGCUUCUACUUUUUUGGGCCGGAGAGGCGAGGUACACUGCUAAUGUGGUACGUUAAUAAAGCUGUGGGAUGGGUCAGCUGAGGGGCCAUUAGAUACAGCAUAAAUGCCACUUUUCUAGCCAAAAGGGAGCCCCAACUGCAUAAUAUGAGCUGCCAGAGGUGCUGGGGGGACAGUGGAGGGGGGGAUCUUUUUUCCUCUGACAUGCCUGCAGAAGAAGCCCUGAGCUGAGGAAGAACUUCCUUCAUACUAGCCACAAGGGCAAGGGAAGACAAACUGCAAACAAAAAGGAAAAGGCUGCUCCCCCCUCUCCCCAGUGGGUAAACGGGGCUUUGGGAGGGGUGGUAGUGCUGGCAGUCAAUCUCCCACCCACCCUGCUUAGUCUACACCAUAGGAUUAUGUUGCCAAUUAGUGGUAAUUAAAUUAAUGCUGUGCUAGAAAUAAAGCAGCAUGAGGCAUGGCAUUAUGGAGAUCCUUUAUUGGAAAGGAAUGUUUUUCCAUUUUAAACUACAAAAACAGCUUCCAUUCACUCUGCCAUAAAUAAAAACAAAGAAUAAGGCAGGACAGACACUACAUCAGCAAACUGAGAACAACUGUUUGUUUUCCAGCAGUGUGAAUUUAAAGUAUUUCACAAUUAUAUGCCGUCCAGUUUUUAAAAUAAAACUGUCAGAACCUCCACCAGAUUCCAUGUGGUAGAUGGCAAUACAUUAGAAGAGCAACCAAAUGCAAUUCAGAAAUUUUGCACACUGUGUUCAAAAACCUGGAAUUUCUGCCAGAGCUCAUAUUUGCUUGUUCUAAGAUUCAUCUGCCUUUUUUCUUUUCUGAUGAAGAACCGGCUGUAAAAAAGAGGCACCACAGUAACAAAGCAACGUCUGUUGCAAGAUGCAUGUUAGAAACUUCAAUCCCUUUUAAACAUUUGAUUUGUAGAAGGAAAAAAUGUUAGAAGUCCUUUAUUUUUCACCAUUGCAAUUGCAAUAUGUCUCAUCGGAUUCGCUUUUGCUGUCGUGCUCUGUAAAUGUCAUGAAUGGGAGGAACCACUGAUCCUUUUUCUUCAUCAUCAUCUGAAUCUUCAUUUGGUCUUUUGACAGAUUUAUUGAGAAGGGUAUUAUUUUCCAAAGGUCCAUUCCCUUCCAUUGUUAAGUCAGGCAGUGCUCCAGUAAUGAUCCUUACAGCUUCAUCCACAGCUUUGGAGUAGGGAAGAAAAACAAUGGCUUUUAUGAACGUUGGCUUAUAAUAACAAUGUCCAUUUAGUAUAAUACAUGUUCAGUUUGUUUCAAAAUAUUAAAACAUUAUACAUGGACCUUAAUUCUUUUAUUUAUUUAUGCAUUCAAAUGUAUAUGGCAGCCUUCGAUUUCAUAACAUCUAGGGCAGUGAAAACAUUUUCAGCUGGAAGGGGAUGACAUAUUGUCGAAACAUUCUAAUUUGGAAAUUCUAAUUUCAGAUAAGAUCACAGAAGAAUAAGUAACUGGUAUACUCUGAGAUAUAUACUCACAGUAGUUUCAAAUGAUGCAAGCACUCUGUUUUUCUAGAAGAGCACUUCAUCAAAGGCCAAGUACCUAUGUAAUCCUUUCUUCAGUAUUUGAAGUAGAACAAUGUCUCUAGCAAACCAUUUGAAAAUCUGAUAAAGGGCACUUUCUCUAGUUUGAAUUUA